UUUUUCCAUGCGAUGAAAAAUGGUUUGAUCGGACUUGUAUGUCUGUUUCAUGAUGUUUUUCUUGAUUACCCUUGUUGGAUUUCAUGCUUUUUGAUUGAUGCGUUGGGAUUAUCAUGUGGGUUCUUUCUUCAUGUUAUUGUCGACAAUUCAAGUUUUGAACUUUCAAGGACGUUGGGCUGGCAUUAUUUGUUUAUAUCUUCAUUUCUGCAGAAUGAUGUUUUGAUUGGCUGAUCAACCUAAGUCAAUUGUAUGUAUCGGUUUGUGAAGAGAAGAAAAAAAGGAGAAUUUUAAUGGAUUCAACUGAUUGUAUAGGCUUGUGAGGAUCUGGGCUGUUGAGUUUCUAUUCUUGGAAUUUAGAUUGUCGAAGAAGGUUGGCAGACGAUUAAUAUUUGGAAAGGGAAUGCAAGUGGUGGUAAGUGAGACUGAGGAGCGGAAAAAAAAGAUAAGGAAGUUCAAAGAGUCAGCAUGGAAAUGCGUAUACUUUCUUUCAGCUGAGAUUUUUGCAGUUGCUGUCACCUACAACGAACCCUGGUUCACAAACACAAAAUAUUUCUGGCAAGGGCCUGGAAAUCAGGCAUGGCCUGACCAAAAGUAUAAGUUGAAACUGAAGGGCCUCUAUAUGUACACUGGUGGAUUCUACACUUACUCCAUAUUUGCUCUGAUAUUUUGGGAAACCAGGCGCUCUGACUUUGGGGUUUCCAUGGGUCACCAUGUUGUGUCAUCCAUUCUCAUCAUGUUAUCAUAUGUAUUCAGGUUUGGACGGGUGGGUUCAGUUGUUUUAGCUCUUCAUGAUGCUACCGAUGUAUUUCUCGAAGUAGGGAAGAUGUCCAAGUACAGCGGUGCAGAGAAACUGGCUAGUUGUUCCUUUGUUCUUUUUGUCCUUUUCUGGGUCCUGCUUCGCCUCAUUUACUUCCCGUUCUGGAUUCUAUGGAGCACAAGUUAUGAAAUUAUCCAAUUCUUGGAUAUGGAGGAACACAAAGUGGAUGGACCAAUCUAUUACUACGUUUUCAAUUCCCUUCUUUUCUCUUUGCUCGUUCUUCAUAUCUACUGGUGGGUGUUGAUGUUCCGGAUGCUAGUCAGACAAAUCCAAGCAGGCGGUCAAGUCAGUGAGGAUGUUCGAUCUGAUUCCGAGGACGAAGAUCUGCACGAAGAUUGAUGAUGAAAACGUAAUGGCUCUAAUGUGCUUCAUCCCUACAGAGGUGAUGAAGUAAAUUUUAGAAAGCUUGUAAGAUUGGCCCGAAGGAUGUCAGAACUGGACCUGUGUUUUCCUAUGAAAUAGCAUUCCUAUACUCAUCAACUCUUUCCACAAUGCUGAAUGCUGGAUGAAUCCCAAGUUCCAAUCAAGUAAAAUAAUUUGUUAUUUUUCAUGCAGAUUCAGCUUCAGAUACUCUAAGCUAAACCUUGAUGAAUGCAACAUUCCCUUUGAUGGAAGCAACUUGUAUACACACAACACUUGUAUAAAGUGGCCCGUCGAGAAGGCCACAAAUGAAUUGGAUUCUCUAUACUACACAAAUCAUUGAGUUUGGCUACAGAUUUCCCCCCCUCUAACGUUGGGUCUAAUUGUAGUUCACCAUGACUUGGACAUUGUAUCAUCCAUAAGUCUUGAAGCUGCUGAUUACACUGAGAGUGAGAGUAGUACAGUAUAACACCACAAUUUUAGUUCCAAGUGGAUUUGAUUAAAUUUAAAAUGAUAAUAUAGCAAGUGCAUUAUAUUUA